AUAGUACUUCCGGGAUAAACAUGGCCCACGUGAGUGUUCAAGAAAGUUUAUCAGAAUCAGACUCUGACUCUAUCUCUGUUAAAGAAGAAAUAACGACAGACGACGAAGAUAACACCAAGAAUGACAACACAACAGGAGAUGGCGCUCCACCUCCAUCUGGCCUGGCAGACGUCAUGGCAGCCAUUUUAACCAAGUCUGUUCAGAAGGGUGCAGUUAUUUUGGCUAAAGGUCAAACUGAUAAAGAAAUCCGUGUUCGGAAGAGGAAGAGAGAUAAAGAAGAAGGGAAAGUUAUCGAAGAUGACAGUGAUUCUGAUGUUGAGAAUAAAAGAGAAAAAUUUGAAAAGAGGAAAGAGUGGAAUAACUUGUGUCGGGUGAAACCAGAUCCAAUGGAACGCAAUAUAGAACGCCGUUUGCAGCGAAUAGCAACACGGGGCGUCGUCCAGCUAUUCAAUGCUGUCCGUCAACAACAGAAAGUUUUGGAGGAGAAACUCACAGAAGCUGGUUCGUCCAUCAAGAAAAGUGAAAAAGUGAUGGAGUCCAUGACCAAAGGAAAAUUCCUUGAUUUGUUGAAGGGUUCCAAACCUUCAUUGUUAAAAGACUCUAAAAAAGUUACAAAGAAAGAACCGACAUUGAAACAGGAAGAGGAGCCCACAAAGUGGAAGAUUUUAAGAGACGACUUUAUGAUGGGUGCCAAGAUGAAGGACUGGGACAAAGACAACAGCAGCGACGAGGGAGAGGAUGGGGGAGGAGGGGGUACAGAUUUGUCAGAUAGCGAAUGAAGAAAUAAACCUGUGUGAUUGUA